AUGAAUCCUUCAAUUGAAAUGUUGGAAUAUGGAAAUUCGUUUGUUUUGUGUGAAUCUACUAUUGGCUAUGCAAUAAAUAAAUUAAUAAUGGAUGCCUCAUCAGCUAAAGAAAUAAAAAAAUGUUCUAUAGAUUCAUGUGAUACUCAAGUUGAGAGUAUUUUAAAGUAUUUAACCUUCCAAGUUAGUGAUAAAAAUGACAUAAAAGAACUUCAUUCUUAUAUUGAUACCAGAACACAAACUGAAUAUAUGAAUUGUGGAGAUAAUUGCAGCGGAAUAAAAACAAUUUAUUUAUUUAUGCAUAUGACACUUUCGGCUUAUCAAUAA